AUGGCAAAAGCCACUUGGUCCUCCCGAGGGGUACCAAAGGUCCUCCCGAGGGGUACCAAAGGUCCUCCCGAGGGGUACCAAAGGUCCUCCCGAGGGGCACCAAAGGUCCUCCCGAGGGGUACCAAAGGUCCUCCCGAGGGGUACCAAAGGUCCUCCCGAGGGGUACCAAAGGUCCUCCCGGGGGGUACCAAAGGUCCUCCCGAGGGGUACCAAGGGUCCUCCCGAGGGGCACCAAAGGUCCUCCCGAGGGGUACCAAAGGUCCUCCCGAGGGGUACCAAAGGUCCUCCCGAGGGGGUACCAAAGGUCCUCCCGAGGGGUACCAAAGGUCCUCCCGAGGGGCACCAAAGGUCCUCCCGAGGGGUACCAAAGGUCCUCCCGAGGGGGUACCAAAGGUCCUCCCGAGGGGGUACCAAAGGUCCUCCCGAGGGGCACCAAAGGUCCUCCCGAGGGGUACCAAAGGUCCUCCUGAGGGGUACCAAAGGUCCUCCCGAGGGGUACCAAAGGUCCUCCCGAGGGGCACCAAAGGUCCUCCCGAGGGGUACCAAAGGUUCUCCCGAGGGGUACCAAAGGUUCUCCCGAGGGGUACCAAAGAUUCUCCCGAGGGGUACCAAAGGUCCUCCCGAGGGGUACCAAAGGUUCUCCCGAGGGGUACCAAAGGUCCUCCCGAGAGGUACCAAAGGUCCUCCCAAGGGGUACCAAAGGCCCUCGACGAAGGGUACCUUUCCUAA